GGAGGUCGGCCGCCGGCGCGUCACUGCCGGCACACAGCUCGGGUCUGCUCAGCUCAGAGGUCUCAGAGGUCCGCUCGGAGGUCUGCUCGGAGCUCUCUGUGAACGGAGCUUUAUACCAGCGGUGACAGCAGCCCAGCGACAGUCAUGGAGACGCGCGGCCCUGUGUGCAUCAUCGACCCGUCGGAGCUGUACCGACCGGAGGUGAAGGCCAAGAAGGCCAAGGGUCUGUUCCGGGAGUACAGCAUCGACAAGACGGACCACAUCCAGACCAGGGUGCGCGAUACCUACCUCAAGAUGCACACCUACCAGACCGUCGACUACGUCAAGCAAAAGAUCGCCUACUGGACGCGGUUCGACAAGUUCGAGGCGGACAUUAUGCCGGCGCUGGAGAAGCUGAACGACCUGGUGGACGAGUCGGAUCCGGACGUGGACGUGCCCAACAUCGUGCACGCCUUUCAGACGGCCGAGCGGAUCCGCGCCGACUACCCGGACCUCGACUGGUUCCACCUGACCGGGCUCAUCCACGACCUCGGAAAGGUGCUCGCGUUCUACGGUGAGCCGCAGUACUCGACGGUUGGCGACACGUUCGUGGUGGGCUGCCGGGUGGGCAGCUCGGUGGUCUACCGCGACUCCACCUUCCACGACAACCCGGACGUCAGCGACCCCAGAUACAGCACGGAGAAUGGCAUCUAUGAGCCCGGCUGUGGGCUGGACAAGGUGCUCAUGUCGUGGGGCCACGACGAGUAUCUGUACCGCGUGCUGAAGCAUAACAAAUGCACACUGCCGGACGAGGGACUGGCCAUGAUCAGGUUCCACAGUUUCUAUCCGUGGCACACGGGUGGCGAUUACAUGCACCUGUGCAACGACAAGGACCUGAAGAUGCUGCCCUGGAUCCGGACCUUCAACAAGUACGACCUCUAUACCAAGUCGGACCACUUGCCCGACAUCCCCGCCCUGAUGCCCUACUACCAGAGCCUCAUCGAUAAGUACUGCCCGGGAAAGCUGCAGUGGUAGCUGGACGCUCAUCCCUUCCAGUGAGCUGGCAUGCCGGAACGCUGUGCAAAGUCGGGACCAAGUGCUGGCGUCUAACGCACACUUCUACGAACGUUUGACGUUCGCUCUAAGGCCUAUAUUAGGUGUCAUUCUGUCACUUUUUACGGCAUGUAGUUGGGUUUUCACUCUGUGUUUUUGGUGGCUGCCGUGUUUAUCGUUCACGUUUACAGUUGCGUGUUCUAGCCUAAUGUGCGCUACUGACCAAUGGCGGAAUGGCGCGCUUUUAUGUAAACUUUUAACGGCAUUAUGCAUUUGUACGUUUUAGGUUUUGAUAAAAGUGCGCACUGUGUGUAGCGUGUCUUGUACGGCAUACGUGGUUCAGGGAUGCUCAGGAAUUUCAUGGGUCUGCAUUUCGCAUUCAAACGAGGGCAUGUCAUGAUGUAGAUGUUCGCUCAAUUUCGCAAUGCUUAUCGGCAUGUUAUUAGUUAGUUAUUACGUCUUUUUCAUCGAUCAUGAGUAGCAAACGUAUGAUAAUGCAUAUAUGACUGAUA